UAAGCAUAGAGUAUAGACCACAAACACGAGACACAGGCGCAGCCUCCCAUCGACUCCCUUUAUCCAUAUUCCAGAUUCAAUAGUCCACACUCCUCUUAAAAGUUAAAACGGAUUGAAAAUCCAAAGCUCUCCUUGUCUGGGAUCUACAAAUAGUAUUAUUAUUUUUGUUCAGAAUCCUUCUACUCUUCUUUUUCGUCUUGUAUCUGUGUGCCUCUGCACAGACAUAAAUGUAGUUGAGCAACAAAGCCUUCGUCAAUGUAUUCAUCAGCAUUGAGAGUGAAUAUAGUCGUUCUUCAGUGCCACAGGAAACCCAAUAACAAGCAUUUGCAGUACUGGAUAGUGCCACAUUCCAAAAGGAAAUUUAGUCUUGUCAGUCAUCAAACUCCAAUUUCUUCUUCAUUCAAGCCAGAUGAUUCCUCCAACUCACCAUCACCCCCGAAACCACACCAAUCCCAGCUAGGUUAUGACCCUCCUGAGGAGUUCUUUGGACUUUCUGUCGAUCCACAACCAAGGAAGAUUCUUUCUGGUAGUUUGAAACCAAGAUCAUGGUUUGGCCCAAAUGGGCAGUAUAUCAGAGAACUGCCUUGUCCAAGUUGCAGGGGAAGGGGUUAUACUCCAUGUACAGAAUGUGGAAUAGAAAGAUCUAGAGCAGAUUGUUCACUAUGCAAUGGAAAGGGUCUAAUUGCCUGUCCUCAGUGCCUUGGAGAUUGUGUUAUCUGGGAGGAGUCGAUUGAUGAACAGCCAUGGGAGAAAGCCCACUCUGUUUCUCCUCUCAAGGUAAAAGAAGAUGAUGAAGUGGACAAUUUAGACAUAAAGCUGAAUGUGAAGAGAAAAACCAAGCGCGUAUACAACUCUCCAAGUCCUGAAGUCAAUUUGAAGAUUAGCAGAUCCCUCAAAAGCCUGAAUGCAAAAACUGGGUUGUUUAGUAGGAGGAUGAAGAUUAUCCAUAGUGAUCCUUUGCUUCGUGCACAAAGAUCGGCUGCCAUCAAGAAAGUAAAAGGCACCCCUGCUGCGAGGAGGCAGGCUUCUGAAGCAAUGAAGAAGUACUUCCGUGACCCAGAGAACCGACAAAGAAGAAGUAUCGCAAUGAAAGGGGUAAAAUUUUAUUGUCAGAAUUGCGGACGCGAAGGCCAUAGGAGAAACUACUGUCCAGAAGUUCAGAAUGAACUGAGGGAUAGACAGCUUACAUGUGGGCUAUGUGGUGAAAAGGGGCAUAACAGAAGAACAUGCCGGAAGUCAAAAUCAAGUGAAAGAAAGAGACUAGUCUCAAAGGAACACCGCUGCCGUAUAUGUGGACAGACUGGGCAUAAUAGGCGGUCCUGUCCUCAAGAGAAGAUCGCAGAAGGUGAAAGGGCAUAACAUCAGGACAUGCCCUCUUCAGAAGAGAUAAUUCUUGAACUACGUUGCGGAUCAAACUGAUUGCAAUUGGCUGUGCUUGGAUGAAAUGGCAGGAACUCCGAUAGAGUGCCUUUUCUGUUUCUGAGCGUGAAUUCUGUUGAAGGACCUCUUAUAGCCUUAUGAGCAAUAGAAAGUAAAAAGAUCGGGUGGUGAAUCAGUCUCUUUUCAAGCUUCACAAAUCUGAGUUAUGGGAUCCUCGUUACGAUUCUUCUGGGAUGAGAAGGAUGGUCUGGCCUGCUUUCAAGAUGCUUUGUGUGGCAAUAAGUUGGCUUAUAAUUUAAUAACUAAAAGUUUUAAUUCAAUAAACAUUCCCUUUUUUUUUUUUUUUCAAUUUUCAUCUGUUUCUAGAUUUCUGUUGACACCUUAUGAUCCUUUAUAUCUAAAUCCUGUUUGGCUGUGGUUUAAUUGUAUUUUGGAUCAUAGUAUAUCGGAAAUUUUGGUGCCAUUGCACAGGAUAAUUGACUUGUCCAUAUUGGUACGUACAAAUUGCAGAAGGAAAACGAUAGAAUCUCUCUUUUGUCUUUGUAAAAGUCAUCUUUGAAGCUAAUUGCGGUGUACCCAUUGAUGAUUCUUGGCUCUUCCAUUGUAUGAUCCUCCAGAUUAAUUGAAUUGUUCACCCAGUGAAUUUAGUCUC